UUUGACGCAACUAUAAAUGUUUCACCUUCAAGCGCAAGGAAGAGAAAUCAUAAAAUAGUUUAUAGGCUCUGAGAAAAAAACACACACAAACAUGUCUCUGGGUUUUGCAGAGAAGCUUUCUUACAAUGAAAAUGUGGGCUCGGUUGGAAUGUCUGAGAUUUUCGACCCACCUCAUGUUUUGCAACAAAAAAUUGAAAAUCUUGCGGCUUUGAUUCGGAAGAGUAAGCAUAUUGUGGCAUUCACAGGUGCAGGAAUAUCCACUUCCUGUGGAAUACCUGAUUUUCGAGGUCCCAAAGGAGUUUGGACACUACAGCAUGAAGGAAAAGGUGUGCCUGAAGCAUCAUUGCCAUUCCAUCGUGCAAUGCCAGGUAUAACACAUAUGGCUUUGGUGGCUCUGGAGAAGGCUGGUAUCUUGAAGUUUGUCAUUAGCCAGAAUGUGGAUAGCCUCCAUCUCCGAUCAGGAAUUCCCAGGGAAAAAAUUGCCGAGUUGCAUGGCAAUUCAUUCAGAGAACUUUGUCCUUCCUGUGGAGAAGAGUAUUUGCGAGAUUUUGAGGUGGAGACUAUAGGCAUGAAGCAGACGUCACGGCAUUGUAAGUGUGGGGCAAGACUAACGGACACUGUUCUUGAUUGGGAGGAUGAAUUGCCCCUAAAGGAGCUGAAUCCAGCUGUGGAACAGUGUAGGAUGGCUGAUGUUGUAUUGUGCUUAGGGACCAGUUUGCAGAUAACUCCAGCAUGUGACCUUCCUUUUCAAACUCUCCGUGGUGGGGGUAGGGUCAUAAUUGUAAAUCUUCAGCAAACUCCAAAAGACAAGAAAGCAAGUUUGGUUAUCCAUGGUCAAGUUGAUAAGGUGAUUGCAGGGCUUAUGUAUGAUCUUAAUUUACAGAUUCCUCCAUAUGUCAGAGUUGAUCUUUUCCAGAUAAAUCUUACUUAUCGUCAGUUCCCCAGAUUUUCAGACAAAAAAUAUGUGAACUGGACUCUCAGGGUAACAAGCGAACAUGGGAAGAAUGCUCCAUUGCAAUUCAUCAAAUCAGUUGAGGUUUCCUUCUUAGACAGGCCAAAUCUCAGGACAGCUAUCCUACUUAAGCAACCAUUUUUGCUGAAAAGGCAAUUAAUUAGUACAAGACCAUUUAAAAUAUCAUUGAAGAUCAAUUUUAGUGAUGGUUGUGGGUGUCAGAGCACAAAAGUUGAGUUCCCUGUCAACUUUCAGGUGUUAGCAGAUAGCAUCAACCAUGAUAAGGAUGAUGUGAUUCAGAAACUGAAGAAGACAGCAAUCCAAGAUCAAUGCUGUGGGCAAAUUUCAUUAGUUGAAAGAAAGAAUCUUUUACCUCCCACAAAAGAAAUCUCUAUUUAUGCCAUUGCGACUGAUUUUGUUGCAUACAACACUUAUUUGUCAAGCACUGGAUUAUCGGAAGAUAUUCCCAAGAGUAGUGGCUAUAUAAUGAGAAGGCUCAAGGAUAACAUUAAUACUGAAAUGCCUCUCAAGAAACUAAAAUGUUGUUGAGUUGAUUAUUUGUUCUCGUUUUCAGUUUUUUUGGGUGUAAAUUUUACUUUUGGGAGCCAGUGCAACAUGGGGAGAAGAAUGGGGUCUAGAUGAUAUAUAGAGAAGUUAACCUUGCAUAUACGCUGUAGUGUCCAAGAAAACUUGUACUGGCAUUGGGUCUCCAUUGCUGUGAAUCUGGAAUUUUUUGUGGGGGAACAUAAUGAACCCAUUCUGUAAAGGUUUAGGCAAAAAAUUGAAUGAUGGAAAUAGGGUUUCUCAUGAGCUUUCAAUCAUCUGUGGGCUUGUAUGUGUAGCUUUUUAUGUUUAACUGAAGUUGAUAGUAUUUUUUGAUAUGGAGUAAUGAAUAAUCUAUUCUAGUCGC